CAUUGGCUAUUGAGGGAGGAGGCUGCAGUGGCAUGGUGAUGCUGUGCAGAUGCUCAGCAGAAAGACAGGCAGCCACAUCUUCUCUCUGUCUAUCUCUCUCUCUUUUUUUAUUUCUCUCUUUUCCUAUUUGGCCUUCUCUUACUCCCCUACUUUAUCCAUCUCUUUCUUUCACAGACACAUACACACAAACAAGCUGUAAGGUAGGAUUAGGCCCCUAUCAUUCUGCUCUCCUUCAUUCAUCCUUCUCUCCUCUGUUCAUCCAGCAUCCCAGCGUUUAUCCUGCUCUCCGCUUUUACUCUGGAUCUUCAUGAAGGAUCACCACACCCACUGUGAAAAGUGUCUACAGCAACUCGGGAACACACACUGACGCUUCACUGGAGUGCACUACUGUGUUUCUUGGACCCUGGUUACCAAACAGUGCUGGAUUUUGUGUGUGUGUGUGUGUGUGUGUGUGUGUGUUAUUUUGGUUUCUGAACACGCAUACACACACUCACUUAAGGAGCAAAUCAUAUUUAUUCUUGUUUCUUGAAGCUUUUCUGAACCGUGUCUAUCUUAAGAAGGCUUUUCAUAUCCCAGGAUGUUGUGCAACAGGCCACUCCAAUAGGCCACAACAGAAUGGGUGGAGCCUCAAAGGGCCUGGUCACUACUGAUUGGACAGCUCUUCGCUGGACAGGCAGAGACACACAAACCGAUACUGCCCAUGGGUGAGGACGAGAGUACCAAGAUCAACCACAGCUUCUUACGAGACUACGUCACUGAAGCUGAUGUCAUUUCCACUGUGGAGUUUAACCAUACUGGGGACCUCCUGGCCACUGGAGACAAAGGUGGACGUGUGGUCAUCUUCCAGAGAGAGACUGAGUGUAAAGGAGAUAAGGAGGAGCUUGGAGAGGCGGGGGAAUAUAACGUCUACAGCACAUUUCAAAGCCACGAGCCAGACUUUGAUUACCUGAAGAGCUUAGAGAUCGAGGAGAAGAUCAAUAAGAUUCGCUGGCUGCCUCAACAGAAUGCUGCCCACUUCCUUCUCUCCACCAAUGAUAAAACAAUAAAGCUUUGGAAGGUGAGUCAAAGGGAUAGAAGGCCAGAAGGCUACAACCUGAAGGAUGAAGAAGGACGAAUAAAGGACAUUUCCACUGUCACCUCACUACAGGUGCCAGUACUGAAGCCCACUGAUCUGAUGGUGGAGGUGCGUCCGAGGCGGGUCUUUUCGAAUGGCCACACCUACCACAUUAAUUCCAUUUCGGUGAACAGUGAUGGAGAAACGUACCUGUCAGCUGAUGACCUCAGAAUCAACAUGUGGCACUUGGAUAUUACAGAUCGCAGCUUUAACAUUGUGGACAUUAAACCAGUGAACAUGGAGGACCUGACCGAGGUGAUCACGGCAGCCGAGUUUCACCCACAGCACUGUCACCUGUUUAUCUACAGCAGCAGUAAAGGGUCAAUCCGCCUUUGUGACAUGAGGACAUCAGCGCUGUGUGAUACACAUGCAAAGAUCUUUGAAGAGCCUGAAGAUCCAGGGAACCGUUCGUUCUUCUCUGAGAUCAUUUCCUCUGUUUCUGAUGUCAAGUUCAGCCACAGUGGACGUUAUCUGCUAACACGAGACUACCUCACGGUGAAGGUGUGGGACCUAAACAUGGAGAAAGGACCAGUAGAGACAUACCAGGUUCAUGAGUACCUGCGCAGUAAACUCUGCUCACUCUAUGAGAAUGACUGCAUCUUUGACAAGUUCGAGUGUGUGUGGAACAGCACAGAUAGUGUGAUCAUGACAGGAGCCUAUAACAGUUUUUUCCGCAUGUUUGACCGGGACUCUGGGCGAGGUGUGACACUUGAGGCGUGGCGUGAAAGCAGUAAACCUCGUGCAGUCUUGCGAACACGGCGUGUGUACACAGGGGGCCGUCGUCGUCGUGGAGAUGUGGGCGUGGACAGCUUGGACUUCCGCAAAAAAAUCCUGCACAUGGCGUGGCACCCGGCAGAAAACAUCAUCGCAAUCGCUGCGUCUAACAACCUUUACAUUUUCCAGGACAGAGUAAAUCCAGAAAACCAGUGAAACACACACAAACACAUAAUCACCAUGGGGUGGAGCUGACACUGGAGCUGACACAAAACUCCACACAGUGAAAACGAACAAUGCACUGCUUUCAACAGGACAGAAGUGGAUCAGUGUGAAUUCUGCGGGGUGACAGUCACUGAGGCUCCGAAAGGAUGAGACGCAGUGCUGUGAAAAGGAAGAAAAGAGGCGAUAAACAUGAGCAACUGUGGCAGCAUUCACAGUGGGCGGGGCUUGCACUAUUGUAGGUUGCAAAUUACACCAUUAGAUGUUCACCAUCACAAACUAAUAUUUCCUGGUUGCCGUGGUUACAGCAGCAAUCUAAAAAGUCUUCCUAUCAAGUUCUUCCUAAAUUAAUCCCACCAUGCUUCAUCAAAUACAUGAACAGAUGCACACGCCCACACUAUUAUACACACACAACAAAAAUCCACAAUAUCAUACACACACAACCAAAAUACACUCUUACUAUCAUACACACACAACCAAAAUACGCACUUACUAUCAUACACACACAACCAAAAUACACACUCACUAUCAUAUACACACAACCAAAAACACUCACUAUCAUAUACACACAACCAAAAUAACACUCACUAUCAUAUACACACAAGCAAAAUACAAUUUGGUAUCAUACAAACACAAACCGACAAACACACUCACUAUCACAUACACACAAGAAAAAUAACACUCACUAGCAUACACACACAACCUAAAUACACACUCACUAUCAUAUACACACAACCAAAAUAACACUCACUAUCAUAUGCACACAAGAAAAUACAAUUUGGUAUCAUACAAACACAAACCGAAAAACACACUCACUAUCACAUACACA